GUUCGCAGCCGCCGCCGCGCCGCCGUCGCUCGCUAACGCCAGCGCCACCUCUCGCUCGCCGAGCUCCAGCCGAAAGAGAAGGGGGGUAAGUAAGGAGGUCUCAGUACCAUGGCUCGUACCAAGCAGACUGCCCGCAAAUCCACCGGGGGUAAAGCACCGAGGAAGCAACUGACUACAAAAGCCGCUCACAAGAGUGCGCCCUCUACCGGAGGGGUGAAGAAGCCUCACCGCUACAGGCCUGGUACUGUGGCACUCCGCGAAAUUAGACGCUAUCAGAAGUCCACUGAACUUCUGAUCCGCAAACUCCCUUUCCAGCGUCUGGUGCGAGAAAUUGCUCAGGACUUCAAAACAGACCUGCGCUUCCAGAGUGCAGCCAUCGGUGCUUUGCAGGUGGCCAGCGAGGCCUACCUGGUUGGCCUCUUUGAAGACACCAACCUGUGCGCCAUCCAUGCCAAACGUGUCACAAUUAUGCCAAAAGACAUCCAGCUAGCACGCCGCAUACGUGGAGAGCGUGCCUAAGAAGCCACUCG